ACGUAGUAAACGAUAGGCUUUUGGAUGAGGCGCCUGAACGCCGAGCAACAAUCGAGCACUCAGAUUCAUGGCGCACCCUUCACUCCGUCCCUUUAUCUCUCACAAGUGGACGGUCACGCUCACCUUUCAGCCGUCUCUCCAUAAACGAGUCUUUCUUUCAACUCAUUGCAUACUUCGGUUCAGCAGUCUUUGUAGAAGAACAUAUGCCAGAACAAAGCAUCAUGGGCUUGCGACUGGUUUUGCGAAAACGGGUCAUGUUUUGCAGGAUUUGACAAAAAAAGUUACUACUAUGAGUACUAUCCCCAGUUUGUCAAUUUUAUUGGAUCCUGGAGUGAAACUCGAGACAACAAUAGCUGUAUGUCUUUUAUUUGUUCAAGUUGCAUGUCCGAUGCCUUUGUAUGGUUUGGAAUCAUUAGGCCUUUCACCUGCUAAGGCAGUACUCUAUUCUCCAGAGACCAAACUUCCCAGAACAGGUGAAUUGGCUUUGAGAAGAGCAAUCCCUACAAACACCAGUAUGAAAGCUAUACAGCAAUCCCUUGAGGACAUUUCAUACUUGCUACGGAUUCCACAAAGAAAACCAUAUGGCACAAUGGAGAGUAAUGUCAAGAAGGCUCUUAAGAUUGCAACUGAUGAAAAGGAAGCCAUAUUGGGUAGCAUACCAGUUAAUUCUAGAGAAAAUGGUUCAUUCUUGUAUGCAUCUCUAAUUGAGGGGAAGGAUGGAUUGCAAGGCCUUAUAGAGUCUAUACAGGAUAAAGACCUAGAUAUGGUCUCAGCAGGUGUUGCGUCAUCACUAGAUACUGUUUCAAAGUUGGAGUUGUUACAGGCUCCAGGGUUAUCAUUUUUGUUGCCUGAACAGUACUUGAACUAUCCAAGGCUCACAGGAAGAGGGAUGGUUGAAUUCACUGUAAAGAAAGGAGAUGGUUCAACGUUUUCUCCAGAAGCUGGUGGUGAAGCAAAGAGCACUGCAAAAGUUCAGGUUGUUUUAGAUGGCUAUUCAGCACCAUUGACAGCAGGAAAUUUUGCAAAACUGGUAAGGUUUUGGAUGGGGUAUAUGAUGGGGUGAAGUUAAACUGUGCCAAUCAAGCAAUUCUUACAGAAAGCAGGCUGGGGAAGAACAUUGGAUAUAAUGUUCCAUUAGAGAUCAAGCCAUCUGGGCAGUUCGAGCCACUGUACAAAACAACCUUGAGUGUGCAGGAUGGGGAGCUUCCUGUGCUUCCAUUAUCAGUUUACGGUGCAGUUGCCAUGUCACAUAGUGAUGUUUCUGGGGAGUACUCAUCACCAAGCCAGUUCUUCUUUUAUCUGUAUGACAAGAGAAAUUCUGGCUUAGGAGGCAUAUCAUUUGAAGAAGGUCAAUUUUCAGUGUUUGGAUAUACUACUGCUGGAAGAGAGAUUCUUCCUCAGAUUAAAAGUGGCGAUGUGAUUCUCUCUGCGAAGCUCGUGGAAGGCCAGGAUCGCCUUGUACUGCCGAACUAGAAGCUUUGAACACAUGAAGUCAGAAAAGCACUGGUUCAUCAUGACAGGCUUUGCCACUUCUUCCAUAGUUCCAUUAGCUGUUUAUUUGGACCAGAAGUAAGCGGUAGAAAUCUUUCUGUUUUCCUGAAGAAGUUAAGAAACGCCAUCUAUUUUGUCUUUCCUUGUGCAUCGAUCUCUCUCUGCAUGAUCUGGAUGAUCAAUUUAUUUCACUUUUAAAUACUUUAAGUGUGUAAAGAUGUACUCUAAUUUUUUGAAUGCCUUCCCGAUUGAAGUUUUAGUUCAAAUUUGAUAUGAGUAAACUAGACUUAAUGAAUAAGAUUCUCA